AUGGCCACCCAAGCAACCUUCACCAAACCCACCCGCCCCCUAACCUGGCUAAUAACAGGCUGUUCCUCCGGCUUGGGCCUCUCCCUAGCACGCGCAGUCCAAUCAAGCGGCCACACAGUGCUCGCAACAUCACGCCAACCCUCCCGCACCCCAGAUCUAGUAUCCGAGAUAACCCAAAACGGAGGCGAAUGGCACGCACUAGACGUCGAUAGCCCAACCGCCGCUUCUGAGCUGCUAUCUACGCUCGAGUCCGCAGGACACACGAUUGAUGUUUUGGUAAAUAAUGCCGGAUACGCGAUUCUCGGGGCAGUAGAGCAGUUCUCGGACGAGGAGCUACGGGCCCAGAUGGAGACGGUGUAUUUUGGACCGAGUCGACUGAUUAGAGCUAUUGUUCCUGGGAUGAGGGAGAGGCGGUUUGGAGUUGUUGUUAAUGUUAGUUCUGGGGCUGGAUUGGAGGGGAGGGAGCGGAUGGGUGCUUAUGCAGCAGCGAAGGCUGCUAUGGAUGGUUUAUGUAAAGUGCUCGCUAAGGAAAUCGCACCCUUCAAUGUCCGUCUUCUGACGGUGUGGUUGGGAGUGUUCAACACGCAGUUCGGGACUGGGUGUGUUUCUCCUGCUAGCCCUUUACCGGCAGACUAUGUUGGCUCGGUGGCCAUGAAGAUGUUGGAUGCUAUACAGAGUGGGAAGCAUGUUGCUGAUGGCGACAAGGAUAAGGCUGCCAAGGCGAUUUAUGAAGUUGUCGUUGGCAAGGGUGUUGGUGUUGGGCAUGAGAGUGAGGGGUUCUUGCCCUUGGGUCGGGAUAUGAUUCCUCGUAUUGAAUUGGUGCGUGAUCGGUUGGUCCAUACGCUUGAUGUGUUUAGGGAGAUUGCUGGGAAUGUCUAUGUUGACAAGGAAUGA